AUGGAAAGUCAAAGAACAAUACCCUCCGAAGAAGAAAUAAAAGAGUUCAAGAAGCUACUCAACCAUAUCAAUAAACCUCCAAUCAAAAUUUUUCAAACCGAACAUGGUGAUAUAUUGGAUUGUAUCGACAUUCAAAAGCAGCGCGCCUUUGAUCAUCCUUUGCUCAAGAACCAUUCUAUUCAGUUGAAGCCUACAACUAUACCUAAAUGGACCAGAGAUAACAACACUUUUCAAAAAUCUACUUCUUUGCCAUUUCGACAAGAAAACUUAAGUUGUCCAUUUGGGACAGUGAUUGUUAAAAGAACAACACUUGAAGAUCUUAUACAAACUCAACAUUUGAAAUCAUUAGGACUCAGCAAUCCAAAUUCAAAGGAUAGGAACAUUGAUACGACUGGUUAUCAUUUUGCCGUAGCUGAGUACAAAGCAAACAAUUAUGGAGCAACUGGAUACAUUAAUGUAUGGGAUCUGCAUGUAUCACCUAAUCAAUUUAGUCGCGCAAGUAUACAUGUUUCAGGAGGAAAUAAUUACCAUUUACAAAGCAUCUCAGCUGGAUGGAUAGUAAACCAAAGAUUGAAGAAUAAUCAUAGUAGCUUAUCCAUCUCAUGGACUACGGAUUCAGAUAACAUUUCAGUAGGUUGCUUUAAUACAAGAUGCCCUGGGUUUGUACAAGUGAGCACCAAGUUUCCACUUGGAAUCCUAGUCCACCCAGUCUCCACUUAUAAUGGUGAACAAUUUCAUUUAGUAGUCAGCUUGUUUCAGGAUCAUGGUAGUGGGAAUUGGUGGUUUAUGCUAAGGGACGAUCCAAUUGGGUACUGGCCAAAAUCAUUGUUCAAAACUGAAGGUUUAGCUAAUGGAGCAAGUUGGGUGUAUUGGGGUGGAGAAGUGUUUAGUCCAGUGAAAGAAAAGAGUCCAACCAUGGGAAGUGGACAUUACGCACAAGAGGGUUUCAGGAAAGCAGCUUAUAUAAAUGGUAUUAAAGUGAUUGAUCACGUUUCAAGAAAAUUUUUUAGUCCAACAACUGCAGCUAUACAAACAUAUGCAAACAAUCCAGGCUGUUAUAACGUCGAAACGAAAUCAGGCACUGGUGAAUUUUGGUCUAGAGCAGUUUUCUAUGGAGGACCUGGAGGAUGUACAUUUUAG